AUGGAGAGUGAGGAGUUUCUAGGUGCUCUUAAGAAUGAUACCCCUCGUCCUCUACCGGAGGAUUUCGCGAUAAGGAGCCUGGUCUAUACUGAGGACUACCUGCUAUCGGUAGUAGAUAAGUGGGCUGAUCUAGAGGAUGCUGCAAUCACUUUCUCGGCGUUUGGCGAACAUAAUGAAUAUAGUUAA